AUGGGCAAUUGUGCAUCGCCUCAGUACAAGGAAAAGGUUGCCGGUGGUGGUCUAAACCGGACAUCUCCGGCCAAAAUAGUUCACAUAGAUGGAAGGCUACAGGAAUUCAGAGAGCCAAUCAAAGCCAGCAACGUACUCUCCCUGAACCCCAACAGCUUCCUCUGCAGUUCAGAAUCCAUGUACAUUGAUCGUCGGCUGCCCCAAGUGCCAGAUGAUGAGGAGCUUCAAGUGGGUCAGCUUUAUUUCCUCAUGCCACUAUCCAAGUCAAAAACCCCGUUAUCCCUGCAAGAAUUAUGCGCCCUUGCUAGUAAAGCUAACGCAUCUCUUGCUCAAUCGGACAUGGGGCUUACGCAGAAAAAACAUUACCGUAUUUGGAUAGAUGUGGCACUAAAAUUCUGGCCAGUGAUCAACGGUGCUGUAAGAUUCCGAUUCGCAUCGACAUAA